UCUGUGCCCAGCCAGGGGGACUCUCUCCGGAGGCUGGAACCAGCCCCGGGCGCUGCCAACACCAGCCCCUGAGCCGCAGACUCCAGGCUGCAGAACACCCAUGUCUUGCUCCAGAUCAGCCCAUGCCCUCCAGAGACAAGGAAAGGAAAUGGCUGCAGUGGAGCCGGUAAUAUUUGAGGAAGUGGCUGUGUAUUUCUCCGAGGAGGAAUGGGCUCUGCUCGACCCAGGUCAGAGAGCCCUCUACAGGGAUGUGAUGCAGGAGAAUUAUGAGAUCGUGAUCUCUCUGGGAUUUCCAAUUUCCAAACCUAAUGUGAUCUCCUGGAUGGAGCGAGGGGAGGAGCUGUGGGUCCCGGAUCUCCAGGGCUCUGAGGAAGGGGAGAGCAUCAGCGACAUCCACACAGCGGAGAGGACAGUGAGUGAGACCAAUGAGGAGAGUCUUCAGCAGGAAGGUCCUGAGCAAGUGGCACUGUGUGGAAUGUUAUGGGGAAGACUUGAAGGGCAUGUUUCCCAGAGUCCUGAGCAGAGAGAAACCUGUAAGAGGCAGCACAAGCCAGAAAGGCAACAGGGAAACCAUCCAGGGGAGGGACGGGGUAAAUCCUCUCACAGGAGCAGAGGGGUGAAAAGAAACAAAGAAACCGAUCAACAGAGAAUCCCCCACCAAGAGGGACUCUACACUUGCUGUGACUGUGGGAAAAGCUUCUGUCAGCACUCAAGUCUUAUUGAACAUCAGAGAACCCACACAGGAGAGAAGCCCUUCAACUGCUCUAACUGUGGGAAAAGCUUCAGUCGGAGCUCAUACCUUAUUAAACAUCAGAGACGACAUACAAAAGAGACACCCUAUAACUGUCCUGACUGUGGGAAAUGCUUCAGUCAGAGCUCAGACCUUGUUAGACAUAGGAGAAUCCACACAGGAGAGAAACCCUAUAACUGCCCUGACUGUGGGAAAAGCUUCAGUCAGAUCUCAGACCUUGUUAGACAUAGGAGAAUCCACACAGGUGAGAACCCCUUCAACUGCUCUGACUGUGGGAAAAGCUUCAGUCGGCGCUCAAAUCUUAACAGUCAUCGUAUGAUCCACACAGGAGAGAAACCGUAUAACUGCUCUGACUGCAGGAAGAGGUUCAGUCGGCGCUCAUACCUUAUUAAACAUCAGAUAAUACAUACAAGAGAGACACCCUAUAACUGCUCUGACUGCGGGAAAAGGUUCAGUCGAAACUCAUACCUUAUUAAACAUCAGAUACUACAUACAAGAGAGAAACCCUAUAACUGCUCUGACUGUGGAAAAAGCUUCAGUGAAAGCUCACACCUUAUUGCACAUCAGAAAAUUCACACAAGACAGAAACCCUAUAACCUAAGUUCCCUGUAAGCUUCAGGGCUGUGCAGCAGGCUAUCAAGGGCUGCCCAGGUGAGGAGAGGCCCCUCUUCCCCGGCCCCAACCCUGGAGCUAUUGUGGAUGGUUGAGAGGUGCAUCUCCCUCCGCCCCAGAGCUAUCGCGGACGGGGAGAGACAGAGAGACACUCUCUCUCCUGGACCCGGGCUGGUGUGGCAAGAGAGGGCUGGGGGGAGUCCUUUCUCUUUGGGGCAGCCUGCAUGCCAAACCCCUCAUCCCUGGCCCCACACCAGAGCCUGCACCCCCAGCCAGAGCCCUCACCCCCCCAUACUCCAACUCUCUGCCCUAGCCUGAGUGCCCCCCUCACUCUCUGAACCACUUGGACCUCGCCCCCGCCACACAUCACCACCAUAUUGGUGCACAUAACAAAAUUCAUUCCCGACAUGGAUGUAAAAUAUUAGAAUGAACAUUGCCGAUAGCUGCUCUGAUUGCAGAACAAAGUUCAAUCAGAGUUGAUACCUUAUUGAACAUCAGAGAAUGCACACAGGCGAGAAGCCCUUUAACUGCCUUGACUGUGGGAAAAGGUUCAGUCGGCGCUCAAAUGUUAACAGAUACUGUAUAAUCCAACCAGGAGAAAAACCCUUCAACUGCUCUGGCUGCGAGAGAAGCGUCAGUGAAUGUUCACACCUCAAUUCACAACAGAGAAUUCACAUAGGACAGAAACCCUAUAACAGCUCUGACUGCAGGAAAAGGUUCAGUUGGAGUCAUACCUUUAUAAAACAUCAGAUACUACAUACACAAACGAGAUCCUAUAACUGCGCUGAUUGCAGGAAAAGCUUCAGUGAGAGCUCAGACCUUGUAGGAGAAUCCACACAAGAGAGAAACACUUCUACUGCUCUGACUGUUGGAAAAGCUUCACUAAGCUCAAGCCUUAUUGAACGUCAUAGAACCCACACGAGAGAAACCUUACAGAUGCAAGUAGAAAAAAGCUUCAGUCAGGGCUCACACAUUCAUUCACAUCAGAGAACCCAAAGGUGAGAAAGACCCUAUGAAUUUUCAAGUGCAGGAAAAGCCUCAGUUGGACAUCAGUCCUUGUUGCCCACCAGAGAAUCCACACAGGGAAGAACCCUUUAAAUGCCCUGAAUUUAGGAAAUGUUCAGUGAGAGCUCAGCCCUUAAUAAACCUCAGAGAACCUACAGAGAAGAGUGCUCUGAGUGCGAGAGAGCCUACUAGCACAACUCAUCCCUCGCGAGAUGUCUGAGAAUCCACCCAGGACACACAUCAUAAAAGUGUGUUGGCUACGGAUGAGCAAAGUGAAUAACAUUUUUGCUUAUUCCUACAAAUCUCAGAAGGUCUGUCAUGGCUGCAGUAGCCAUGUAGUGAGGACAUGCAACAUUAUUAAAGCAGAGAAUGAAAUGUCUGUCCUAGAACAGAGCUAUGCAGAGCUAGAGGCUGAGAUGAGAUUCCCACAUUAUGAUAGAACUUGAUUAUGACUUGCUGGGAAAUCUGAAUGUUUUGUGUUCAGCCUCUUCAUUUCAGUUUGAUGUUAUACCCCUAAACCCAUCUUUUUCUUGUCUGCUGUGACUACUCAUUCAUCCCUGAUAGAGUUUUUAGGCUGGAAUCCACCAAAGGACUUAAGUCUUGUGACACUGAGCGUUGCAAAUACCUAACUUUUAGGUACCUUGAGUAUCAGAGAAACAGCAGUGGGAUCCACAAGGACUUGAGUUAUGUGAUCAAGCCCCUUAUAAAAUGAAUGAGGAGAGAGAGGUGCCUUAGAAUGCGAUCCCCAAAUCCCUUCAUACUACAUGGGAUGCCAUGUAAGGUAACCAGUAUAGCAUGCUGACAAGGAUGGUAUGUCCUAAGCCCCGCCCCUUUAAUGGAAAUAGGCACAUAUCUCUGCUUCCAAUUCAUGAGUCAUGGAAGUGAGAUGAUGCUCUGAUGAUAGAAUGAUAGACAUUUUCAGAGGCUGCCUAACAGCAGUGCGGGAAUCUCCUUCAUAACCUUUUGUUCAGAGGUUAGGAUACUCACCUAAGAUGUGGGAGACCAAUUCAAGUCCCCUCCCCACCUAAUAAAUCCGAGGGUUUAGAACAGGGAUCUACCACCUCUCAGGGAAGUGCCCUAGCCUCUCAGAUAUUCUGGUAUAUCUCAAUCUGUCUCAAUCUGUUUUAGAACCAAAAGUUAUUAGCUCAAGACAGAAAGUGAAAAUGACCCUAUAGGCUGGGGUUAGGGCACCCAUGUAUGAGGUAGAUAUCCCUGAGUCCAGUCCCCAUGCUCCAAUGACUCUCUAAGUGUCCCUGAAGACAAAAUCCUAAAUCCUGCCAUGAAGAAGAUUACAGAAAUUCCCACUGCUAAAAAGUUCACAAAGGUUUAAGAAAUCAAUUGUUAUUGCUAAAAUUCCAUAGGGAAUUUCUGUGCUUAAAGGAAGUUGGAAUUUGGCCUUGAAGAAGAUAGUUAUUGCUUUCCUAGAAUAUUGAACCUAUUGGAGUUCAGUUCUGUUCCAUAAAACUGGACUCUUGGGCUGGUAGGUGCUGUUAACUGAAAAGUACUCAAGUUAUAUAAACCCAACAACUUCCAUCCAACUAUGAAAAAGAUCCUAAUU